AUGGAGUCCACCACCCGAAUCUCAGACGUGUUGCGCGCCAACACCGGCCUCCUGGCCGCCGUGGUAUUGUACACCAUCGGAUUCUUAAUCUUUACGACACUAAGAAAACCAAUCUCCAAAGUCCCGGGUCCUUGGUACUCCAGAUGGACCUCUGUCGUCGUCACGUACCACUGGCUCAAGGGCAACAAGGCGUACUACGUCCAUGAUCUCCACGCCACAUACGGCCCAAUUGUCCGCGUCAGCCCUAAUGAAGUCAGCGUCUCGACCGUGGAAGGCGUCAAAACAAUUUACAACAGCAGAGAAACGUUUGUCAAGUCUCGCUUCUAUCAGGACGUCACCGUCAGCGACAACGAGACGAUCUUCAGCACGUCGGACAUUGCAUUCAACCGACGCCAUCGAAGACUCUUGGGCUCACCCAUGAUGGAGGCCAACAUUAAAUCGUUUGAGCCGACCGUUGUGAGCCUGGUCAAUCUGACAAUGAAGAGGAUCGACCAAGAGAUGGAUGAGCGUGGGGCUGCGGACCUGCUUAAGUGGUGGACGUUUCUCUCGACCGAUGUCAUCGGGGAGCUCACCUUUGGUGAAUCGUUUCGGACUCUGCAACAGGGCAAGCCCUCGAUGUAUACCAACGACCUGAAAAACGUCGCUCAACUAGGCGGCGUUAGAGCCACCUUUCCGACUUUGAUCCCGUUGACCAAAAUCCUACCCAUCGGUUCGUUUGAGCGAGCCCGCCAGGCCUCGAGGAACAUUGACACCUAUAUCUCUGAUUCCCUCUCGCGCUACCAACGUCUCAUCGACUCGGACCCCUCUCGCGCCGCGCACACCCUCUUCACAAAGAUGAACAAGGCCAAGGACGACGACAAGCUCCCCUUCAACGAGCUCUGCGGUGCUGCGCAGACCUACAUCAUCGCCGGCACGGACACGACGGCCAUCACCAUGACAUACCUCACGUGGGCCGUCUGCCGGCGGCCCUCCAUUCAGGCCAAGCUCGUGGAAGAACUGCGCACCCUCCCCGUCCAUUUUGCAGAUGUGCACCUUCGCGAGCUGCCGUAUCUCCAAUGCGUCAUUGAGGAGACCUUGAGGCUGUACGCAGCAGUACCGGGCGGCUUGCCGCGAAUUGUGCCCCCCGGCGGUGCUGAACUUGUCGGGCACCAUCUAGCACAAGGGACUGUCGUGUCCGGACAGGCGUAUACCCUUCAUCGGGACAGCACCAUCUUUCCCCGCCCUCUUGAAUUCGACCCAGCGAGGUGGGAAAACCCCACCAAGGAGAUGAAAGAUGCCUUUUCGGCUUUUGGGCGCGGACCAAGAGCUUGCCUUGGACUCAACCUGGGGUGGAUGGAGCUUCGCAUCGCUACGGCCAAGUUCUUCCUCUCCUUUCCCGAUGCCACUGUGUCUGAGAAGAAGGGCAUGACGGAUGAGAACAUGCACGCCAAAAUGUUCUUUCUUGUCAAGCCUAGUGGCGGCCAGUGUCUGGUGGAGAGGUGA